AGAGCUCCAGGACUGCCAGUCCCUCUGCAGCCCAGACCGGGAUCCGGACCUGAGCGCUCGCCGCCCUGCCCUCCACCUCCUGGAGCUCCGGUUGGAUCACCGAUGGACGGGAAACACAGACAGGAGCGUCUGAAGUGAGACAGUCUGAGUGUUUGGAGAGGAGGAAACUUCUCAGCUGGAUGUUCAAGCAAACAGCACAAAUUCUGCUCAGUUUGGAAAACUCAACUUCAGCUCUCAACUUUUGCAUCUGGGAUCGAGAUAUUUUUAUUGGAGCAAUCUUGGAGGAAGACAGUUGAUAACUUUCAAACGCAGGCUGAUCAUUUUAUUCCAGAGUACAAGAACCUUCUGGGAUACUCCUGGGGUUUUAUCGGAUUGUUGGUCUGAAACUUCCCAGAAACAGGCUAAAUUCAACCGUUCUGCUUUGAGCUGGAAGUAGAUCUUUUAAACUUGUAGGUCAUGGCUCCAUCCUUUGUUUUUUUGCUCUGUCUUUACCUCCCGCUGCAGUUCAUUCAUGCAAAGACUGUUGAGCAACAGGACAAGCAACAGAGCGACCCCCAUAAAUCCCCCGACAGCGUCCAGCUGGAGGCUCUUCACCUGAAGAGCGGGAAGCAGUUAAAGCCUGCAGACGAUGCCUCCAACCCCGAACACAGCCCCCCUGUACCCGACAUGGUGGACCUGGACCGCCGGGUCCGCCUGGCCCGCGGCGCAGACGAGGAUGAGCAGCAGUCCACCUUCAGCCACUCCUUUGAGAACGAGUGGGUGACGAUGCCUCAACUCACAGAGUUCAGCAACACAACCAGGGUAGAACUGAACCACAGAGACGAGAUCAACCUCCAGGCAAACACCUCCAACCCCGACGGUCCCUUCAACCCGUUUUACCCGCUGCUGGAGAGCUCCUACGUGGCCUAUGUGGUUCUGUUCCUGGCCGGCCUGGUGCUGGCUGUGGGCGUGGUGGCCAACAUGGCGGUCAUGUGUGUGGUUUGGAACAACUACUACAUGAGGUCUGCCUGGAACUACCUGCUGGCCAGCAUAGCGUUCUGGGACUUCCUGGUCCUGGUGGUCUGCCUUCCGGUGGUGGCCUUCAACCACCUGUCCCACCGGAGGAUCCUGGGCGACAUCACCUGCCGCUUGGUGCCGUACAUGGAGAUGGCGUCUCUUGGUAUAACCUCCUUCACGCUGUGCGCUCUGGGGAUCGACCGUUUCCACUCCGCCACCUCCUCGCCCCAGCAGAAGGCCCGGCGGGUGGAGCGCUGCCGCUACGUUCUGCUGAAGAUGCUGCUGGUUUGGCUCUCAGCUCUGCUGCUGUCCAGCCCAGAAAUCUUCCUGUGGCAGCUGAGCCAGGCAGUGUCUCCGUCCACCGGCAGGAUGGUGGACACCUGCACCAUCACCCCGUCCUCCCCACUGUCCCUGUACCUGCCCGACUCCCUCCACUCCCUGCUGCUCAGGUACCACCAGGGUCGCAUGUGGUGGUGUUUCGGCUGCUACUUCUGCCUCCCCGUCCUCUUCACCGUCCUCUGCCAGAUGGCCACUCGCAACGUCAACAGCGACUCCAGCUCUGCCCAGAAGCAGCGUAACCAUGACGACCGCGCCAACGGCCAGAAGCGCCAGCAGCACCAGGCGGUGGAGCGGCAGCUGAACUGCACCCUGCUGGCGCUGGCCGUGGUUUAUGGGAUCUGCGCUCUGCCAGAACAUGUCUGCAACAUCACCCUGGCCUACACGCAUUUCACCGUCUCUGAGGGCACGGCAGCCAUUCUGCUGCUGUUACAUCACUUCCUGUUGUUCCUAAAAUGCGCAGUGACGCCGGUGCUGCUGCUGUGUCUGUGUAAGGCUCUUGGUCAGGCCUUCAUGGACUGCUGCUGCUGCUGCUGUCAGGAGUGCCAGCCAACCACGGCCCAGGAUUCACCAGGCUCCGCCCAGGUCAAACUGAAGGCAGCCAAUGAGACUUCCAUCUUCUUUGACAAGGCUAAAGACACGACGGCCAUCUUGUCCAUCUCCAGCUAGAGCCUCUUUGAUCCUCUUCAGUUGUUGCUCCAUGCAUCAGUCUCCUCCUGGAUCUCCAGUCAUCUCUUAGAAAUAACUCCAGGUUUCCUUCCUUUCGUCUUUAUUAACUCUACACUUCUUCUUUUGCUCUCUACAUGAUCUAUCCAUCUCUUUCCAUCACCUCUCUUCUUCCUGUGCACACCUUUUCAGCCAGACCACUGUUUUGUUGGGGACACUGCAGCUUCCUGUCUGUACAGGAACUAAUGUUUAAUCAGUUAGAAAAGCUGCUGUGUGGACAGCAGGAACCUGUUCCCAGGACUCUGAAGAGACUCUGGCAGAAGGAAAACCCGACCGCCCUCUGUAGAUCCAAGCUGUGAAGUUAUUUUUUGUUCUUACUGGAAGUAAUUUAAGCUAAAUCAAAGCUGUAGUUUCUAUGAAUGUUUAGCUGAGAGAGAAACCUGAAGGGCUGCUGCUACGACCAGCUGAAAGUCUGGAUUACUGAAACUAAAAACUGGAACAUGAUGAAUCAGUUCAUGAAGCACCAAGUCAGAAAUUAACAGCAGGAAUUUCAGUUAUUUUCACAAUGUUGUUAAAGCUGAAUAUUGAAUUAAUGAGCUCAAUAUUUAGACUCCAAGAUAAACAUUUAACUCACUAAAUAAUGUUUUUACAUAUUUAAUUGAAAUAUUUAGCUUUCAGGCUAGUUUUAGUUAACAUGGCAGCUAAAUAUUUAGCUAGCAACUUUUAAUAAUUAGUUUAGUUUUCAAACUAAAUAUUCAAAUCUAAACCAAACACUGAACUCAGAGCCAAGUGUUUAAAUCAUUUACAUAAACCCAGUCGGCCCAGUUGGUUCUGAACACCACAACCAGACUGGACCCGGCUGGUCGAGGUGUUCAGAACCAGACUGGACCCGGCUGGUCGUGGUAGAACCAGACUGGACCCGGCUGGUCGAGGUGUUCGGAACCAGUGGGUUCUGGUGCGCAGCAGCAGCCCAGCAGGCCUGUGUAAUGUGUGUACUGGUUUUUACUGCAGGUUUUUCUGUAAAGGUUGUUCUGAUAAUGAAGCUACUAAUCUGAGCUAAAGAGACGAGAUGUUGAUGAAGAUCAUGGAGGAAGAUGAGGAAGACUCAGUGCUGUGAUGAAGGUCCGUUCAGGAGGUUAAAGUGUGUAGAUUAAAGUGUAUUAAUGUUCCUUAACCAGAAUGUCUAGAACAUGAAGGAACAGCAGAUUUAAGUUUUUCAGGGUAGAAGUUCCACUAACCCCGAGUUUGUUUGACAGAAAACAGGAUGCAGAUUUUAUGUGACAUGGAUGAUUGUGCCUUUGUAAUAUUCUGUGUUUUAAUGUUAAAUUUCUGAAAUUACAACAUGUUUGUCAGGA